CAGCUAUGUUCGACAUAAACCAUUUCAUUGGCAUUAAGUUCACAGACUUGAUAUUUGCCUGUAAGCUUCAGGUUACAGUUUGACUGACGUGUGUAUUGAGCAUCAAAAGUCGGCUAGUUAGCUGAAAUAGCCCAAGCAGAGAGCUUCGCAGGUUACCGUUGCAACCUGUAACCAAGGCAACCACGGUCAACUUAUUUAGCGGGAGAAUAAACGUAAAACAGCUACUAAGAGCAGCUUUCCUGAUUAGCACGUUUUGGACAUGGAGAGACAUAAAGUUGGAAAAGAAAGGCUCAUAGUUCCCACUGAUUUCACGUCGACAGCGGCUUCAAGGAAUCUCCAGGAGGACCUGGUACCCCCAUCACAUUUCACAUCAAGUGUCCAGUCUGCUGGAGCACACAGAGGCGUUCAACCCGCAGGGACACCGCCAACCGUCUCCUGGAUAAACCCAGGGAUAACUUCAGUACAAUCAGGGGAUCCCAGUCCUACCAAUCCAUGGCUCGCCAUCGCACAGGCCCAACAGGAAAUCUUGGAACUGAGGAAGGAAAAUCAGAGGAUCAUGAUGUUACAAGGAGACAGCAUAAGAGGAAGGAAGUCUGUGGAUCCCCAGUCAGACCUUAGGGCAAGAUGUGCAGAGAGAAGUGAGCAGUGGUCCAGAUGGGAGUCUGAGUGGCGUCUGGAGGCAGAGAAGCACAAGGCGGAAGCUGAGAGGUUAAAGGGGCGGGUUGAGGCCCUGAAGGAGACUGCAGGGAGACACAGGGACGAGAUGAGAGACAGAGACAGCUCCUUGAACAGACAGAGCCAUGAAUUGGAAGCAAUGCGUGAAGAGUUAUGUAAGGCUAAGACUGAACUGAGCCAAAUCAGAAGGGAGCUCACGCACAGCAAUGCACAGAAGGAGAAUAUAGGCUUACAGCUUGAAAGACUAAAGAGAGAGUCUGGUGAAGAAAUUACAGAGCUGAGGAGAGAUGUUGUGAGGAGCAAAGAGGAAGCCAAGGAGCUCAGUCUAAAGGCUGAAACGGGCAGGUUACAGGCUGCGGAGGAGGCCAAACGGCAGAUUCUUAGACUGUCUGUACAAUUGGAGGAAAUGCAGAAGAAGCAGACGGUGGAGCUGCUACAGUUGAAGACUUCCCAUUGUGCAGAGGUGGGUGCAGCAAGAAAAACAAACAGUGAACUACAGGACAGACUUCAAUCGAUGACCUCAGAAGCGCUGCAGUUAAAAAGCACUCUGGUUGAGGUAUCUGCUGAGAGAGACGGGCUGAAAGAACAUUUAAGCCAAAUGGGACAAGCUUUUGAGACACAAUCUGCAACACUGCACAGCCUCAGAAAUUACAUCGGCCAGCUCGCCCCAGAGAAAGGAGAGAAGGAACAAUUUAAUGAAGCUGUUGAGAGGCUGAAUAGAGAGAAAGCAGCUCUUCAGAUGACCACAGAGCUUGUGACAGUCAGGUUUAACUCUGUCAGUGAGAUACUUGCCCUCCAAGAAGAGAAAAUGGUGAAGAAGACCUCUACAGGCCCACUUGCGAACAAUGAAUCUGAGGGCCUUCAAGUGCUUCGACUCUGGAGAGACAAAGUGUUUAAGUUAUGCGUCCAGCUUCGUUCAAAGGACAUUGAACUAAGAGGAGAAAAGGAUAAAGUUCUUUCAAAAGUCAAACUCCUUGAGCAGCAGCUCCAGCAGGAGCAGCACCGGGCUAGUGUGCUCCAACUCAGUCUAGAUGACAGGAUAGCUGAGCUGGACCUGGAGAGAGUGGAAAAGGAGACAUUGAAACAGGACUUGGCACAGGAGCAACAAGAAAACUCACAGCUAAAGUCACAGUGGGAGAGAGGAGAGGCUGAUCUAAAAAUCCUGACGGAGGCAGUUCAAAGGUUUAGUUUGGCAUUUGAAAGCAAGGUGGCAGAAAUGAACGCAGCUCAAGCUAGGCUCAACACUUUCAGCCAAAGGCUAACUUUUGCUAAAAGACAAGUGGAGACCAUUCAAGGUUUGACCAUGAGGAGGGUGGCUCUGCAGAAAGCUAAACAGGCCAGUAAACAGACAGAGCAAACUGCUGACAGCAUCACAAACCUUCAGACAGAGCUUUGUGUGGCGUGUGAAGAGAGAGACAAGCUCACACAGGAGCUCAAAAGAACCCCGCAGCUCAUCGAGAAAGCUCUGGCUGAUCUGAAUGAACAGUAUGAAAGCAAACUGAGGCAGCAGCAGCUGGCGCUGGAGCAGAGCUCGCUGGAGGUGCGGCAGGCUUUGGCUGGCAGAGACGAGGCCGAGCAGAGUCUGCACCAGAUCCAGGCCCAGCUGGAGGAGAGCAAGGUCAACCUGGAGAAACUCCACUCUGAGCUGCUCAGCCAGCAGGAGCACAGCGAACGCGCCCUGCAGGAGAGAGUGUCUGAGAUCAAGGACUGCUGUGCUGAGAAGCUGAGAGAGAUGGAGGUUCAAGUCAAUACUGCCAAGAGAGAGCACACCAAAGCAGUUAUGACUUUGCGGCAGUUUGAGAGAGAGUCAGCAAGGAAACAGGACGAAAUGAGAGAAACCCAACAACACACAAAGAGGGAAGUCCAGAAUAAACAACUGAAAGAGCAACCACUGCUGGCCACUGUCACUGCUGAGAGAGGGUUGACAAGUGAGUAUACAAGAGCUCACACAGCAGCUCGACAAUACUCUGCUGCUCCCAGAGAACAUCGGAAAAAAACCUCAGAGAGGAGUCAUUCUGUGGUACCUGCAGACGGGAGACUCCUGUCUGUCUUGGAGGAGCUCCAUUCUCUCAGUGCUGCUGUGGUAAACAGCUCUGAGGACUCUGCGGAGGAGGAGGGACAGAGUGACAGCGUGACAGCGUGGGACCAUCCACAGAAAGACUGCACAGCUGAUACCUGUUGAUGAAUCACUGGAGCCAGUGAACGCACCUCACAUUUGUACAAAAGGUGGGCAGAGCUGAAAUCACACAGUGGAAACAAUUUGUUUGAGCCAAACAGCGGAAAACCACGCAUGACACAUUGCUACAGGAAGAAAAGGAAGGUACAAGAAGAUUGAUAGCUGUCUAUUGAGACACAGUAUGCUUAUAUUUAACACGUAUAUUAUUUCAAGUUUAUGAAAUUCUUUCAAAGCGUUAAGAGACCUCUAUUAAACGAACAUGACUAAUUCUGACUUUGUCCUUUUGGAAGUCUGUUCUGUUAAAGUCUAUCUGAAGGUCCAAGUAUUUCUUUAUUAUGCAGAGACAUGUAUCUUACUUUUCAGUGCAACUUAAUAAAGUAUUUAAUGUUCUAAUUGCUGUGUAUUUUGAGAAAUAUUGAUAAAGCAAGUCAUGAUUUGGUAUGGCU